AUGGAAACAUCUUUUCACACUCUUUAUAGGAUCAAGAAAAAUGAUACAGAACUGGAGUUGUGGUCAAUAAACAAAUCUGAUUUCUUCAAGGACUUUAGGAUAGUUGCAAACAUAGGCUUUCCGUUCUGCAUUGUGGGUUUAAUUGGGAAUGGAAUUCUCUUCUGGCUUUUCUGCUGCACCAUCAAGAAGUCAAGGUUCACCAUCUAUGUUGCGAACUUGGCAACUGGUGAUUUUAUUAUACUUCUCCACUAUUUUGUUGCUUACCUUUUAAUUUUUUUACCAUCUCACGCUAGUUUCUACAGUCAACAUGUAAAGGUCAUAUCCUUAUUAUUUGGAUCUGGCACCAACAUCUAUUUUUUAACUGCUAUCAGUGUUGAGAGAUAUCUCAUGGUCUCUUCUCCGGACUGGUUUCAAUCUCACCGACCAAAGCAUCUCACAGUUCUUGUGUGUGUCAUUCUUUGGACCCUGUCCUUCAUACUGACCAUGAUAGAAUAUUUUUUUUGCCAUCCAAGAUAUUUACCAUCCCACAUUAUUGGAUUUUUGUAUUGUCAUACUGCAAUAGUUCUCCAAUACAUCAUCAACUAUAUAAUAUUUGUUCCUGUGAUGAUCCUUUCCACUCUGGCCCUUUUUAUCAAAAUGAAAAAUAAACCACCACAAAACCUUCAAGCAAGGCUUGAUAUCAGCAUUGUAGCCACAGUUUUUCUGCAUCUUCUACUCUCUACAUUUAUUAAAAUAGCUAUUUUCAUACAUUAUUUGGCUGCCUUUAUGCUUAGUUCACAAUAUCGCAGAGCUUCUCUGAUACUUGACUGCAUGGACGCCACUAUUAAUCCUUUUGUAUACCUCAUUGUUGGCUGCUGGAAGAGGGAGAAUGUCCAGGAGCCCUUCCAUAUGCUUCUUGACAGAGCUUUGAAGGAUGACUUAAAUAGCAACCAGACAACACAACCAGACCAAGAGAGGGCCUGA